AACAAGGAGCUCUGAUAUCAGAGAAUUACAAAAGAUAUCCUAUGACCCCAGUUUUGCUCUUUCUGUGUCUGAAUUUACUGACCUCCCAAACGUCCAUCAGCAACUAAUUUCUGUCUUGGGUACUGUGAUUGUGCCAGAUCCAACCAUGAAACCAACAGUAAAACCAACAAUAAUAGUCGAGAGUCGGGCUCCCUCGAGGGAUGUUGUAUUCUUGCUGGAUGGGUCUGAUGGCACGAGGGCUGGAUUCCCAGCAAUGCGGGACUUUGUUCAAAGAGUGGUGGAGACACUCGCUGUGGAUGAGAACAAGGAUCGUGUUGCGUUAGUCCAGUACAGUAGAGAUCCAGCUGCCCAAUUCUACCUGAACACAUUCAAUACAAAGGAUGACAUUGUCAAUACAGUAAGAGGUCUGAGGCACAAAGGAGGAAGACCCCUUAACACUGGGGCAGCUCUUCAGUAUGUCAGAGACAACAUCUUUACUGCCUCUUCUGGAAGCAGAAGCCUACAGGGCAUCCCUCAGAUGUUGAUACUGCUGAGUGGAGGGAGGUCCAACGAUAACGUUGAUGUAUCAGCAUCUGCCCUGAAAGAGAGUGGGGUCUUGAUCUUUGGCAUUGGGACCCGAAAUUCCAGCAGAGAGGUUGAAAGGAUUGUCACUGAUCCUAGUUAUUCCCAGUCUGUUUCCGAAUUCACUGACAUCCCAAGAGUCCAGGAGCAGUAUUUAUCCUCACUCAAAACUCAACUACUCAAAGCCAUACCCAUAACCCCAACAGUGGACAAAAGUAUUGCCAGAAAGGAUGUGGUUUUCCUUCUGGAUGGUUCCGAUGGCACUAGGAGUGGUUUCCCAGCAAUGCGUGACUUUGUUCAAAGAGUAGUUGAGAAACUCACUGUGGAAGAGAACAGAGAUAGAGUUUCUGUGGUCCAGUACAGCAGAGAACCAGAGGCCAACUUCUAUUUGAACACUUACACAACAAAGGAAAACGUUGUUGACGCCGUAACAGGCCUGAGGCACAAGGGAGGAAGACCCCUUAACACCGGGGCAGCCCUCCAGUAUGUCAGAGACAACGUCUUUACUGCCUCCUCUGGAAGUAGGCGCCUUGAUGGUGUUCCACAGCUACUGAUUCUGUUGAGUGGUGGAAGGUCCUUUGACAAUGUUGACACUCCAGCCGCUGCUCUGAAGGAGCUUGGUGUCAAGGUGUUUGCAAUUGGAACAAGGAGCUCUGAUAGCAGAGAAAUGCAGAGGAUAUCACAAGAUCCCAGUCAAGCAAUGUCUGUCUCGGAUUUCACAGACCUUCCGAGCAUCCAGCAGCAACUGCUAUCCUCUGUGGAAACAGUGGUUGUUGGAGUUACUACAGAAACCCCAACAGUUUUAGUUGAUCUUGAAACCGCCAGAAAGGAUGUGGUUUUCCUUCUGGAUGGUUCUGAUGGCACUAGGAGUGGUUUCCCAGCAAUGCGUGACUUUGUUCAAAGAGUAGUUGAGAAACUCACUGUGGAAGAGAACAGAGAUAGAGUUUCUGUGGUCCAGUACAGCAGAGAACCAGAGGCCAACUUCUAUUUGAACACUUACACAACAAAGGAAAACGUUGUUGACGCCGUAACAGGCCUGAGGCACAAGGGAGGAAGACCCCUUAACACCGGGGCAGCCCUCCAGUAUGUCAGAGACAACGUCUUUACUGCCUCCUCUGGAAGUAGGCGCCUUGAUGGUGUUCCACAGCUACUGAUUCUGUUGAGUGGUGGAAGGUCCUUUGACAAUGUUGACACUCCAGCCGCUGCUCUGAAGGAGCUUGGUGUCAAGGUGUUUGCAAUUGGAACAAGGAGCUCUGAUAGCAGAGAAAUGCAGAGGAUAUCACAAGAUCCCAGUCACGCAAUGUCUGUCUCGGAUUUCACAGACCUUCCGAGCAUCCAGCAGCAACUGCUAUCCUCUGUGGAAACAGUGGUUGUUGGAGUUACUACAGAAACCCCAACAGUUUUAGUUGAUCUUGAAACCGCCAGAAAGGAUGUGGUUUUCCUUCUGGAUGGUUCUGAUGGCACUAGGAGUGGUUUCCCAGCAAUGCGUGACUUUGUUCAAAGAGUAGUUGAGAAACUCACUGUGGAAGAGAACAGAGAUAGAGUUUCUGUGGUCCAGUACAGCAGAGAACCAGAGGCCAACUUCUAUUUGAACACUUACACAACAAAGGAAAACAUUGUUGACGCCGUAACAGGCCUGAGGCACAAGGGAGGAAGACCCCUUAACACCGGGGCAGCCCUCCAGUAUGUCAGAGACAACGUCUUUACUGCCUCCUCUGGAAGUAGGCGCCUUGAUGGUGUUCCACAGCUACUGAUUCUGUUGAGUGGUGGAAGGUCCUUUGACAAUGUUGACACUCCAGCCGCUGCUCUGAAGGAGCUUGGUGUCAAGGUGUUUGCAAUUGGAACAAGGAGCUCUGAUAGCAGAGAAAUGCAGAGGAUAUCACAAGAUCCCAGUCACGCAAUGUCUGUCUCGGAUUUCACAGACCUUCCGAGCAUCCAGCAGCAACUGCUAUCCUCUGUGGAAACAGUGGUUGUUGGAGUUACUACAGAAACCCCAACAGUUUUAGUUGAUCUUGAAACCGCCAGAAAGGAUGUGGUUUUCCUUCUGGAUGGUUCUGAUGGCACUAGGAGUGGUUUCCCAGCAAUGCGUGACUUUGUUCAAAGAGUAGUUGAGAAACUCACUGUGGAAGAGAACAGAGAUAGAGUUUCUGUGGUCCAGUACAGCAGAGAACCAGAGGCCAACUUCUAUUUGAACACUUACACAACAAAGGAAAACGUUGUUGACGCCGUAACAGGCCUGAGGCACAAGGGAGGAAGACCCCUUAACACCGGGGCAGCCCUCCAGUAUGUCAGAGACAACGUCUUUACUGCCUCCUCUGGAAGUAGGCGCCUUGAUGGUGUUCCACAGCUACUGAUUCUGUUGAGUGGUGGAAGGUCCUUUGACAAUGUUGACACUCCAGCCGCUGCUCUGAAGGAGCUUGGUGUCAAGGUGUUUGCAAUUGGAACAAGGAGCUCUGAUAGCAGAGAAAUGCAGAGGAUAUCACAAGAUCCCAGUCACGCAAUGUCUGUCUCGGAUUUCACAGACCUUCCGAGCAUCCAGCAGCAACUGCUAUCCUCUGUGGAAACAGUGGUUGUUGGAGUUACUACAGAAACCCCAACAGUUUUAGUUGAUCUUGAAACCGCCAGAAAGGAUGUGGUUUUCCUUCUGGAUGGUUCUGAUGGCACUAGGAGUGGUUUCCCAGCAAUGCGUGACUUUGUUCAAAGAGUAGUUGAGAAACUCACUGUGGAAGAGAACAGAGAUAGAGUUUCUGUGGUCCAGUACAGCAGAGAACCAGAGGCCAACUUCUAUUUGAACACUUACACAACAAAGGAAAACGUUGUUGACGCCGUAACAGGCCUGAGGCACAAGGGAGGAAGACCCCUUAACACCGGGGCAGCCCUCCAGUAUGUCAGAGACAACGUCUUUACUGCCUCCUCUGGAAGUAGGCGCCUUGAUGGUGUUCCACAGCUACUGAUUCUGUUGAGUGGUGGAAGGUCCUUUGACAAUGUUGACACUCCAGCCGCUGCUCUGAAGGAGCUUGGUGUCAAGGUGUUUGCAAUUGGAACAAGGAGCUCUGAUAGCAGAGAAAUGCAGAGGAUAUCACAAGAUCCCAGUCACGCAAUGUCUGUCUCGGAUUUCACAGACCUUCCGAGCAUCCAGCAGCAACUGCUAUCCUCUGUGGAAACAGUGGUUGUUGGAGUUACUACAGAAACCCCAACAGUUUUAGUUGAUCUUGAAACCGCCAGAAAGGAUGUGGUUUUCCUUCUGGAUGGUUCUGAUGGCACUAGGAGUGGUUUCCCAGCAAUGCGUGACUUUGUUCAAAGAGUAGUUGAGAAACUCACUGUGGAAGAGAACAGAGAUAGAGUUUCUGUGGUCCAGUACAGCAGAGAACCAGAGGCCAACUUCUAUUUGAACACUUACACAACAAAGGAAAACGUUGUUGACGCCGUAACAGGCCUGAGGCACAAGGGAGGAAGACCCCUUAACACCGGGGCAGCCCUCCAGUAUGUCAGAGACAACGUCUUUACUGCCUCCUCUGGAAGUAGGCGCCUUGAUGGUGUUCCACAGCUACUGAUUCUGUUGAGUGGUGGAAGGUCCUUUGACAAUGUUGACACUCCAGCCGCUGCUCUGAAGGAGCUUGGUGUCAAGGUGUUUGCAAUUGGAACAAGGAGCUCUGAUAGCAGAGAAAUGCAGAGGAUAUCACAAGAUCCCAGUCACGCAAUGUCUGUCUCGGAUUUCACAGACCUUCCGAGCAUCCAGCAGCAACUGCUAUCCUCUGUGGAAACAGUGGUUGUUGGAGUUACUACAGAAACCCCAACAGUUUUAGUUGAUCUUGAAACCGCCAGAAAGGAUGUGGUUUUCCUUCUGGAUGGUUCUGAUGGCACUAGGAGUGGUUUCCCAGCAAUGCGUGACUUUGUUCAAAGAGUAGUUGAGAAACUCACUGUGGAAGAGAACAGAGAUAGAGUUUCUGUGGUCCAGUACAGCAGAGAACCAGAGGCCAACUUCUAUUUGAACACUUACACAACAAAGGAAAACGUUGUUGACGCCGUAACAGGCCUGAGGCACAAGGGAGGAAGACCCCUUAACACCGGGGCAGCCCUCCAGUAUGUCAGAGACAACGUCUUUACUGCCUCCUCUGGAAGUAGGCGCCUUGAUGGUGUUCCACAGCUACUGAUUCUGUUGAGUGGUGGAAGGUCCUUUGACAAUGUUGACACUCCAGCCGCUGCUCUGAAGGAGCUUGGUGUCAAGGUGUUUGCAAUUGGAACAAGGAGCUCUGAUAGCAGAGAAAUGCAGAGGAUAUCACAAGAUCCCAGUCACGCAAUGUCUGUCUCGGAUUUCACAGACCUUCCGAGCAUCCAGCAGCAACUGCUAUCCUCUGUGGAAACAGUGGUUGUUGGAGUUACUACAGAAACCCCAACAGUUUUAGUUGAUCUUGAAACCGCCAGAAAGGAUGUGGUUUUCCUUCUGGAUGGUUCUGAUGGCACUAGGAGUGGUUUCCCAGCAAUGCGUGACUUUGUUCAAAGAGUAGUUGAGAAACUCACUGUGGAAGAGAACAGAGAUAGAGUUUCUGUGGUCCAGUACAGCAGAGAACCAGAGGCCAACUUCUAUUUGAACACUUACACAACAAAGGAAAACGUUGUUGACGCCGUAACAGGCCUGAGGCACAAGGGAGGAAGACCCCUUAACACCGGGGCAGCCCUCCAGUAUGUCAGAGACAACGUCUUUACUGCCUCCUCUGGAAGUAGGCGCCUUGAUGGUGUUCCACAGCUACUGAUUCUGUUGAGUGGUGGAAGGUCCUUUGACAAUGUUGACACUCCAGCCGCUGCUCUGAAGGAGCUUGGUGUCAAGGUGUUUGCAAUUGGAACAAGGAGCUCUGAUAGCAGAGAAAUGCAGAGGAUAUCACAAGAUCCCAGUCACGCAAUGUCUGUCUCGGAUUUCACAGACCUUCCGAGCAUCCAGCAGCAACUGCUAUCCUCUGUGGAAACAGUGGUUGUUGGAGUUACUACAGAAACCCCAACAGUUUUAGUUGAUCUUGAAACCGCCAGAAAGGAUGUGGUUUUCCUUCUGGAUGGUUCUGAUGGCACUAGGAGUGGUUUCCCAGCAAUGCGUGACUUUGUUCAAAGAGUAGUUGAGAAACUCACUGUGGAAGAGAACAGAGAUAGAGUUUCUGUGGUCCAGUACAGCAGAGAACCAGAGGCCAACUUCUAUUUGAACACUUACACAACAAAGGAAAACGUUGUUGACGCCGUAACAGGCCUGAGGCACAAGGGAGGAAGACCCCUUAACACCGGGGCAGCCCUCCAGUAUGUCAGAGACAACGUCUUUACUGCCUCCUCUGGAAGUAGGCGCCUUGAUGGUGUUCCACAGCUACUGAUUCUGUUGAGUGGUGGAAGGUCCUUUGACAAUGUUGACACUCCAGCCGCUGCUCUGAAGGAGCUUGGUGUCAAGGUGUUUGCAAUUGGAACAAGGAGCUCUGAUAGCAGAGAAAUGCAGAGGAUAUCACAAGAUCCCAGUCACGCAAUGUCUGUCUCGGAUUUCACAGACCUUCCGAGCAUCCAGCAGCAACUGCUAUCCUCUGUGGAAACAGUGGUUGUUGGAGUUACUACAGAAACCCCAACAGUUUUAGUUGAUCUUGAAACCGCCAGAAAGGAUGUGGUUUUCCUUCUGGAUGGUUCUGAUGGCACUAGGAGUGGUUUCCCAGCAAUGCGUGACUUUGUUCAAAGAGUAGUUGAGAAACUCACUGUGGAAGAGAACAGAGAUAGAGUUUCUGUGGUCCAGUACAGCAGAGAACCAGAGGCCAACUUCUAUUUGAACACUUACACAACAAAGGAAAACGUUGUUGACGCCGUAACAGGCCUGAGGCACAAGGGAGGAAGACCCCUUAACACCGGGGCAGCCCUCCAGUAUGUCAGAGACAACGUCUUUACUGCCUCCUCUGGAAGUAGGCGCCUUGAUGGUGUUCCACAGCUACUGAUUCUGUUGAGUGGUGGAAGGUCCUUUGACAAUGUUGACACUCCAGCCGCUGCUCUGAAGGAGCUUGGUGUCAAGGUGUUUGCAAUUGGAACAAGGAGCUCUGAUAGCAGAGAAAUGCAGAGGAUAUCACAAGAUCCCAGUCACGCAAUGUCUGUCUCGGAUUUCACAGACCUUCCGAGCAUCCAGCAGCAACUGCUAUCCUCUGUGGAAACAGUGGUUGUUGGAGUUACUACAGAAACCCCAACAGUUUUAGUUGAUCUUGAAACCGCCAGAAAGGAUGUGGUUUUCCUUCUGGAUGGUUCUGAUGGCACUAGGAGUGGUUUCCCAGCAAUGCGUGACUUUGUUCAAAGAGUAGUUGAGAAACUCACUGUGGAAGAGAACAGAGAUAGAGUUUCUGUGGUCCAGUACAGCAGAGAACCAGAGGCCAACUUCUAUUUGAACACUUACACAACAAAGGAAAACGUUGUUGACGCCGUAACAGGCCUGAGGCACAAGGGAGGAAGACCCCUUAACACCGGGGCAGCCCUCCAGUAUGUCAGAGACAACGUCUUUACUGCCUCCUCUGGAAGUAGGCGCCUUGAUGGUGUUCCACAGCUACUGAUUCUGUUGAGUGGUGGAAGGUCCUUUGACAAUGUUGACACUCCAGCCGCUGCUCUGAAGGAGCUUGGUGUCAAGGUGUUUGCAGUUGGAACAAGGAGCUCUGAUAUCAGAGAAUUACAAAAGAUAUCCUAUGACCCCAGUUUUGCUCUUUCUGUGUCUGAAUUUACUGACCUCCCAAACGUCCAUCAGCAACUAAUUUCUGUCUUGGGUACUGUGAUUGUGCCGGAUCCAACCAUGAAACCAACAGUAAAACCAACAAUAAUAGUCGAGAGUCGGGCUCCCUCGAGGGAUGUUGUAUUCUUGCUGGAUGGGUCUGAUGGCACGAGGGCUGGAUUCCCAGCAAUGCGGGACUUUGUUCAAAGAGUGGUGGAGACACUCGCUGUGGAUGAGAACAAGGAUCGUGUUGCGUUAGUCCAGUACAGUAGAGAUCCAGCUGCCCAAUUCUACCUGAACACAUUCAAUACAAAGGAUGACAUUGUCAAUACAGUAAGAGGUCUGAGGCACAAAGGAGGAAGACCCCUUAACACUGGGGCAGCUCUUCAGUAUGUCAGAGACAACAUCUUUACUGCCUCUUCUGGAAGCAGAAGCCUACAGGGCAUCCCUCAGAUGUUGAUACUGCUGAGUGGAGGGAGGUCCAACGAUAACGUUGAUGUAUCAGCAUCUGCCCUGAAAGAGAGUGGGGUCUUGAUCUUUGGCAUUGGGACCCGAAAUUCCAGCAGAGAGGUUGAAAGGAUUGUCACUGAUCCUAGUUAUUCCCAGUCUGUUUCCGAAUUCACUGACAUCCCAAGAGUCCAGGAGCAGUAUUUAUCCUCACUCAAAACUCAACUACUCAAAGCCAUACCCAUAACCCCAACAGUGGACAAAAGUAUUGCCAGAAAGGAUGUGGUUUUCCUUCUGGAUGGUUCCGAUGGCACUAGAAGUGGUUUCCCAGCAAUGCGUGACUUUGUUCAAAGAGUAGUUGAGAAACUCACUGUGGAAGAGAACAGAGAUAGAGUUUCUGUGGUCCAGUACAGCAGAGAACCAGAGGCCAACUUCUAUUUGAACACUUACACAACAAAGGAAAACGUUGUUGACGCCGUAACAGGCCUGAGGCACAAGGGAGGAAGACCCCUUAACACCGGGGCAGCCCUCCAGUAUGUCAGAGACAACGUCUUUACUGCCUCCUCUGGAAGUAGGCACCUUGAUGGUGUUCCACAGCUACUGAUUCUGUUGAGUGGUGGAAGGUCCUUUGACAAUGUUGACACUCCAGCCGCUGCUCUGAAGGAGCUUGGUGUCAAGGUGUUUGCAAUUGGAACAAGGAGCUCUGAUAGCAGAGAAAUGCAGAGGAUAUCACAAGAUCCCAGUCAAGCAAUGUCUGUCUCGGAUUUCACAGACCUUCCGAGCAUCCAGCAGCAACUGCUAUCCUCUGUGGAAACAGUGGUUGUUGGAGUUACUACAGAAACCCCAACAGUUUUAGUUGAUCUUGAAACCGCCAGAAAGGAUGUGGUUUUCCUUCUGGAUGGUUCUGAUGGCACUAGGAGUGGUUUCCCAGCAAUGCGUGACUUUGUUCAAAGAGUAGUUGAGAAACUCACUGUGGAAGAGAACAGAGAUAGAGUUUCUGUGGUCCAGUACAGCAGAGAACCAGAGGCCAACUUCUAUUUGAACACUUACACAACAAAGGAAAACGUUGUUGACGCCGUAACAGGCCUGAGGCACAAGGGAGGAAGACCCCUUAACACCGGGGCAGCCCUCCAGUAUGUCAGAGACAACGUCUUUACUGCCUCCUCUGGAAGUAGGCGCCUUGAUGGUGUUCCACAGCUACUGAUUCUGUUGAGUGGUGGAAGGUCCUUUGACAAUGUUGACACUCCAGCCGCUGCUCUGAAGGAGCUUGGUGUCAAGGUGUUUGCAGUUGGAACAAGGAGCUCUGAUAUCAGAGAAUUACAAAAGAUAUCCUAUGACCCCAGUUUUGCUCUUUCUGUGUCUGAAUUUACUGACCUCCCAAACGUCCAUCAGCAACUAAUUUCUGUCUUGGGUACUGUGAUUGUGCCAGAUCCAACCAUGAAACCAACAGUAAAACCAACAAUAAUAGUCGAGAGUCGGGCUCCCUCGAGGGAUGUUGUAUUCUUGCUGGAUGGGUCUGAUGACACGAGGGCUGGAUUCCCAGCAAUGCGGGACUUUGUUCAAAGAGUGGUGGAGACACUCGCUGUGGAUGAGAACAAGGAUCGUGUUGCGUUAGUCCAGUACAGUAGAGAUCCAGCUGCCCAAUUCUACCUGAACACAUUCAAUACAAAGGAUGACAUUGUCAAUACAGUAAGAGGUCUGAGGCACAAAGGAGGAAGACCCCUUAACACUGGGGCAGCUCUUCAGUAUGUCAGAGACAACAUCUUUACUGCCUCUUCUGGAAGCAGAAGCCUACAGGGCAUCCCUCAGAUGUUGAUACUGCUGAGUGGAGGGAGGUCCAACGAUAACGUUGAUGUAUCAGCAUCUGCCCUGAAAGAGAGUGGGGUCUUGAUCUUUGGCAUUGGGACCCGAAAUUCCAGCAGAGAGGUUGAAAGGAUUGUCACUGAUCCUAGUUAUUCCCAGUCUGUUUCCGAAUUCACUGACAUCCCAAGAGUCCAGGAGCAGUAUUUAUCCUCACUCAAAACUCAACUACUCAAAGCCAUACCCAUAACCCCAACAGUGGACAAAAGUAUUGCCAGAAAGGAUGUGGUUUUCCUUCUGGAUGGUUCUGAUGGCACUAGGAGUGGUUUCCCAGCAAUGCGUGACUUUGUUCAAAGAGUAGUUGAGAAACUCACUGUGGAAGAGAACAGAGAUAGAGUUUCUGUGGUCCAGUACAGCAGAGAACCAGAGGCCAACUUCUAUUUGAACACUUACACAACAAAGGAAAACGUUGUUGACGCCGUAACAGGCCUGAGGCACAAGGGAGGAAGACCCCUUAACACCGGGGCAGCCCUCCAGUAUGUCAGAGACAACGUCUUUACUGCCUCCUCUGGAAGUAGGCGCCUUGAUGGUGUUCCACAGCUACUGAUUCUGUUGAGUGGUGGAAGGUCCUUUGACAAUGUUGACACUCCAGCCGCUGCUCUGAAGGAGCUUGGUGUCAAGGUGUUUGCAAUUGGAACAAGGAGCUCUGAUAGCAGAGAAAUGCAGAGGAUAUCACAAGAUCCCAGUCACGCAAUGUCUGUCUCGGAUUUCACAGACCUUCCGAGCAUCCAGCAGCAACUGCUAUCCUCUGUGGAAACAGUGGUUGUUGGAGUUACUACAGAAACCCCAACAGUUUUAGUUGAUCUUGAAACCGCCAGAAAGGAUGUGGUUUUCCUUCUGGAUGGUUCUGAUGGCACUAGGAGUGGUUUCCCAGCAAUGCGUGACUUUGUUCAAAGAGUAGUUGAGAAACUCACUGUGGAAGAGAACAGAGAUAGAGUUUCUGUGGUCCAGUACAGCAGAGAACCAGAGGCCAACUUCUAUUUGAACACUUACACAACAAAGGAAAACGUUGUUGACGCCGUAACAGGCCUGAGGCACAAGGGAGGAAGACCCCUUAACACCGGGGCAGCCCUCCAGUAUGUCAGAGACAACGUCUUUACUGCCUCCUCUGGAAGUAGGCGCCUUGAUGGUGUUCCACAGCUACUGAUUCUGUUGAGUGGUGGAAGGUCCUUUGACAAUGUUGACACUCCAGCCGCUGCUCUGAAGGAGCUUGGUGUCAAGGUGUUUGCAGUUGGAACAAGGAGCUCUGAUAUCAGAGAAUUACAAAAGAUAUCCUAUGACCCCAGUUUUGCUCUUUCUGUGUCUGAAUUUACUGACCUCCCAAACGUCCAUCAGCAACUAAUUUCUGUCUUGGGUACUGUGAUUGUGCCAGAUCCAACCAUGAAACCAACAGUAAAACCAACAAUAAUAGUCGAGAGUCGGGCUCCCUCGAGGGAUGUUGUAUUCUUGCUGGAUGGGUCUGAUGACACGAGGGCUGGAUUCCCAGCAAUGCGGGACUUUGUUCAAAGAGUGGUGGAGACACUCGCUGUGGAUGAGAACAAGGAUCGUGUUGCGUUAGUCCAGUACAGUAGAGAUCCAGCUGCCCAAUUCUACCUGAACACAUUCAAUACAAAGGAUGACAUUGUCAAUACAGUAAGAGGUCUGAGGCACAAAGGAGGAAGACCCCUUAACACUGGGGCAGCUCUUCAGUAUGUCAGAGACGACAUCUUUACUGCCUCUUCUGGAAGCAGAAGCCUACAGGGCAUCCCUCAGAUGUUGAUACUGCUGAGUGGAGGGAGGUCCAACGAUAACGUUGAUGUAUCAGCAUCUGCCCUGAAAGAGAGUGGGGUCUUGAUCUUUGGCAUUGGGACCCGAAAUUCCAGCAGAGAGGUUGAAAGGAUUGUCACUGAUCCUAGUUAUUCCCAGUCUGUUUCCGAAUUCACUGACAUCCCAAGAGUCCAGGAGCAGUAUUUAUCCUCACUCAAAACUCAACUACUCAAAGCCAUACCCAUAACCCCAACAGUGGACAAAAGUAUUGCCAGAAAGGAUGUGGUUUUCCUUCUGGAUGGUUCCGAUGGCACUAGGAGUGGUUUCCCAGCAAUGCGUGACUUUGUUCAAAGAGUAGUUGAGAAACUCACUGUGGAAGAGAACAGAGAUAGAGUUUCUGUGGUCCAGUACAGCAGAGAACCAGAGGCCAACUUCUAUUUGAACACUUACACAACAAAGGAAAACGUUGUUGACGCCGUAACAGGCCUGAGGCACAAGGGAGGAAGACCCCUUAACACCGGGGCAGCCCUCCAGUAUGUCAGAGACAACGUCUUUACUGCCUCCUCUGGAAGUAGGCGCCUUGAUGGUGUUCCACAGCUACUGAUUCUGUUGAGUGGUGGAAGGUCCUUUGACAAUGUUGACACUCCAGCCGCUGCUCUGAAGGAGCUUGGUGUCAAGGUGUUUGCAAUUGGAACAAGGAGCUCUGAUAGCAGAGAAAUGCAGAGGAUAUCACAAGAUCCCAGUCAAGCAAUGUCUGUCUCGGAUUUCACAGACCUUCCGAGCAUCCAGCAGCAACUGCUAUCCUCUGUGGAAACAGUGGUUGUUGGAGUUACUACAGAAACCCCAACAGUUUUAGUUGAUCUUGAAACCGCCAGAAAGGAUGUGGUUUUCCUUCUGGAUGGUUCUGAUGGCACUAGGAGUGGUUUCCCAGCAAUGCGUGACUUUGUUCAAAGAGUAGUUGAGAAACUCACUGUGGAAGAGAACAGAGAUAGAGUUUCUGUGGUCCAGUACAGCAGAGAACCAGAGGCCAACUUCUAUUUGAACACUUACACAACAAAGGAAAACGUUGUUGACGCCGUAACAGGCCUGAGGCACAAGGGAGGAAGACCCCUUAACACCGGGGCAGCCCUCCAGUAUGUCAGAGACAACGUCUUUACUGCCUCCUCUGGAAGUAGGCGCCUUGAUGGUGUUCCACAGCUACUGAUUCUGUUGAGUGGUGGAAGGUCCUUUGACAAUGUUGACACUCCAGCCGCUGCUCUGAAGGAGCUUGGUGUCAAGGUGUUUGCAGUUGGAACAAGGAGCUCUGAUAUCAGAGAAUUACAAAAGAUAUCCUAUGACCCCAGUUUUGCUCUUUCUGUGUCUGAAUUUACUGACCUCCCAAACGUCCAUCAGCAACUAAUUUCUGUCUUGGGUACUGUGAUUGUGCCGGAUCCAACCAUGAAACCAACAGUAAAACCAACAAUAAUAGUCGAGAGUCGGGCUCCCUCGAGGGAUGUUGUAUUCUUGCUGGAUGGGUCUGAUGACACGAGGGCUGGAUUCCCAGCAAUGCGGGACUUUGUUCAAAGAGUGGUGGAGACACUCGCUGUGGAUGAGAACAAGGAUCGUGUUGCGUUAGUCCAGUACAGUAGAGAUCCAGCUGCCCAAUUCUACCUGAACACAUUCAAUACAAAGGAUGACAUUGUCAAUACAGUAAGAGGUCUGAGGCACAAAGGAGGAAGACCCCUUAACACUGGGGCAGCUCUUCAGUAUGUCAGAGACGACAUCUUUACUGCCUCUUCUGGAAGCAGAAGCCUACAGGGCAUCCCUCAGAUGUUGAUACUGCUGAGUGGAGGGAGGUCCAACGAUAACGUUGAUGUAUCAGCAUCUGCCCUGAAAGAGAGUGGGGUCUUGAUCUUUGGCAUUGGGACCCAAAAUUCCAGCAGAGAGGUUGAAAGGAUUGUCACUGAUCCUAGUUAUUCCCAGUCUGUUUCCAAAUUCACUGACAUCCCAAGAGUCCAGGAGCAGUAUUUAUCCUCACUCAAAACUCAACUACUCAAAGCCAUACCCAUAACCCCAACAGUGGACAAAAGUAUUGCCAGAAAGGAUGUGGUUUUCCUUCUGGAUGGUUCCGAUGGCACUAGGAGUGGUUUCCCAGCAAUGCGUGACUUUGUUCAAAGAGUAGUUGAGAAACUCACUGUGGAAGAGAACAGAGAUAGAGUUUCUGUGGUCCAGUACAGCAGAGAACCAGAGGCCAACUUCUAUUUGAACACUUACACAACAAAGGAAAACGUUGUUGACGCCGUAACAGGCCUGAGGCACAAGGGAGGAAGACCCCUUAACACAGGGGCAGCCCUCCAGUAUGUCAGAGACAACGUCUUUACUGCCUCCUCUGGAAGUAGGCGCCUUGAUGGUGUUCCACAGCUACUGAUUCUGUUGAGUGGUGGAAGGUCCUUUGACAAUGUUGACACUCCAGCCGCUGCUCUGAAGGAGCUUGGUGUCAAGGUGUUUGCAAUUGGAACAAGGAGCUCUGAUAGCAGAGAAAUGCAGAGGAUAUCACAAGAUCCCAGUCAAGCAAUGUCUGUCUCGGAUUUCACAGACCUUCCGAGCAUCCAGCAGCAACUGCUAUCCUCUGUGGAAACAGUGGUUGUUGGAGUUACUACAGAAACCCCAACAGUUUUAGUUGAUCUUGAAACCGCCAGAAAGGAUGUGGUUUUCCUUCUGGAUGGUUCUGAUGGCACUAGGAGUGGUUUCCCAGCAAUGCGUGACUUUGUUCAAAGAGUAGUUGAGAAACUCACUGUGGAAGAGAACAGAGAUAGAGUUUCUGUGGUCCAGUACAGCAGAGAACCAGAGGCCAACUUCUAUUUGAACACUUACACAACAAAGGAAAACGUUGUUGACGCCGUAACAGGCCUGAGGCACAAGGGAGGAAGACCCCUUAACACCGGGGCAGCCCUCCAGUAUGUCAGAGACAACGUCUUUACUGCCUCCUCUGGAAGUAGGCGCCUUGAUGGUGUUCCACAGCUACUGAUUCUGUUGAGUGGUGGAAGGUCCUUUGACAAUGUUGACACUCCAGCCGCUGCUCUGAAGGAGCUUGGUGUCAAGGUGUUUGCAAUUGGAACAAGGAGCUCUGAUAGCAGAGAAAUGCAGAGGAUAUCACAAGAUCCCAGUCACGCAAUGUCUGUCUCGGAUUUCACAGACCUUCCGAGCAUCCAGCAGCAACUGCUAUCCUCUGUGGAAACAGUGGCUGUUGGAGUUACUACAGAAACCCCAACAGUUUUAGUUGAUCUUGAAACCGCCAGAAAGGAUGUGGUUUUCCUUCUGGAUGGUUCUGAUGGCACUAGGAGUGGUUUCCCAGCAAUGCGUGACUUUGUUCAAAGAGUAGUUGAGAAACUCACUGUGGAAGAGAACAGAGAUAGAGUUUCUGUGGUCCAGUACAGCAGAGAACCAGAGGCCAACUUCUAUUUGAACACUUACACAACAAAGGAAAACGUUGUUGACGCCGUAACAGGCCUGAGGCACAAGGGAGGAAGACCCCUUAACACCGGGGCAGCCCUCCAGUAUGUCAGAGACAACGUCUUUACUGCCUCCUCUGGAAGUAGGCGCCUUGAUGGUGUUCCACAGCUACUGAUUCUGUUGAGUGGUGGAAGGUCCUUUGACAAUGUUGACACUCCAGCCGCUGCUCUGAAGGAGCUUGGUGUCAAGGUGUUUGCAGUUGGAACAAGGAGCUCUGAUAUCAGAGAAUUACAAAAGAUAUCCUAUGACCCCAGUUUUGCUCUUUCUGUGUCUGAAUUUACUGACCUCCCAAACGUCCAUCAGCAACUAAUUUCUGUCUUGGGUACUGUGAUUGUGCCAGAUCCAACCAUGAAACCAACAGUAAAACCAACAAUAAUAGUCGAGAGUCGGGCUCCCUCGAGGGAUGUUGUAUUCUUGCUGGAUGGGUCUGAUGGCACGAGGGCUGGAUUCCCAGCAAUGCGGGACUUUGUUCAAAGAGUGGUGGAGACACUCGCUGUGGAUGAGAACAAGGAUCGUGUUGCGUUAGUCCAGUACAGUAGAGAUCCAGCUGCCCAAUUCUACCUGAACACAUUCAAUACAAAGGAUGACAUUGUCAAUACAGUAAGAGGUCUGAGGCACAAAGGAGGAAGACCCCUUAACACUGGGGCAGCUCUUCAGUAUGUCAGAGACAACAUCUUUACUGCCUCUUCUGGAAGCAGAAGCCUACAGGGCAUCCCUCAGAUGUUGAUACUGCUGAGUGGAGGGAGGUCCAACGAUAACGUUGAUGUAUCAGCAUCUGCCCUGAAAGAGAGUGGGGUCUUGAUCUUUGGCAUUGGGACCCAAAAUUCCAGCAGAGAGGUUGAAAGGAUUGUCACUGAUCCUAGUUAUUCCCAGUCUGUUUCCGAAUUCACUGACAUCGCAAGAGUCCAGGAGCAGUAUUUAUCCUCACUCAAAACUCAACUACUCAAAGCCAUACCCAUAACCCCAACAGUGGACAAAAGUAUUGCCAGAAAGGAUGUGGUUUUCCUUCUGGAUGGUUCCGAUGGCACUAGGAGUGGUUUCCCAGCAAUGCGUGACUUUGUUCAAAGAGUAGUUGAGAAACUCACUGUGGAAGAGAACAGAGAUAGAGUUUCUGUGGUCCAGUACAGCAGAGAACCAGAGGCCAACUUCUAUUUGAACACUUACACAACAAAGGAAAACGUUGUUGACGCCGUAACAGGCCUGAGGCACAAGGGAGGAAGACCCCUUAACACCGGGGCAGCCCUCCAGUAUGUCAGAGACAACGUCUUUACUGCCUCCUCUGGAAGUAGGCGCCUUGAUGGUGUUCCACAGCUACUGAUUCUGUUGAGUGGUGGAAGGUCCUUUGACAAUGUUGACACUCCAGCCGCUGCUCUGAAGGAGCUUGGUGUCAAGGUGUUUGCAAUUGGAACAAGGAGCUCUGAUAGCAGAGAAAUGCAGAGGAUAUCACAAGAUCCCAGUCACGCAAUGUCUGUCUCGGAUUUCACAGACCUUCCGAGCAUCCAGCAGCAACUGCUAUCCUCUGUGGAAACAGUGGUUGUUGGAGUUACUACAGAAACCCCAAAAGUUUUAGUUGAUCUUGAAACCACCAGAAAGGAUGUGGUUUUCCUUCUGGAUGGUUCUGAUGGCACUAGGAGUGGUUUCCCAGCAAUGCGUGACUUUGUUCAAAGAGUAGUUGAGAAACUCACUGUGGAAGAGAACAGAGAUAGAGUUUCUGUGGUCCAGUACAGCAGAGAACCAGAGGCCAACUUCUAUUUGAACACUUACACAACAAAGGAAAACGUUGUUGACGCCGUAACAGGCCUGAGGCACAAGGGAGGAAGACCCCUUAACACCGGGGCAGCCCUCCAGUAUGUCAGAGACAACGUCUUUACUGCCUCCUCUGGAAGUAGGCGCCUUGAUGGUGUUCCACAGCUACUGAUUCUGUUGAGUGGUGGAAGGUCCUUUGACAAUGUUGACACUCCAGCCGCUGCUCUGAAGGAGCUUGGUGUCAAGGUGUUUGCAAUUGGAACAAGGAGCUCUGAUAGCAGAGAAAUGCAGAGGAUAUCACAAGAUCCCAGUCACGCAAUGUCUGUCUCGGAUUUCACAGACCUUCCGAGCAUCCAGCAGCAACUGCUAUCCUCUGUGGAAACAGUGGCUGUUGGAGUUACUACAGAAACCCCAACAGUUUUAGUUGAUCUUGAAACCACCAGAAAGGAUGUGGUUUUCCUUCUGGAUGGUUCUGAUGGCACUAGGAGUGGUUUCCCAGCAAUGCGUGACUUUGUUCAAAGAGUAGUUGAGAAACUCACUGUGGAAGAGAACAGAGAUAGAGUUUCUGUGGUCCAGUACAGCAGAGAACCAGAGGCCAACUUCUAUUUGAACACUUACACAACAAAGGAAAACGUUGUUGACGCCGUAACAGGCCUGAGGCACAAGGGAGGAAGACCCCUUAACACCGGGGCAGCCCUCCAGUAUGUCAGAGACAACGUCUUUACUGCCUCCUCUGGAAGUAGGCGCCUUGAUGGUGUUCCACAGCUACUGAUUCUGUUGAGUGGUGGAAGGUCCUUUGACAAUGUUGACACUCCAGCCGCUGCUCUGAAGGAGCUUGGUGUCAAGGUGUUUGCAGUUGGAACAAGGAGCUCUGAUAUCAGAGAAUUACAAAAGAUAUCCUAUGACCCCAGUUUUGCUCUUUCUGUGUCUGAAUUUACUGACCUCCCAAACUUCCAUCAGCAACUAAUUUCUGUCUUGGGUACUGUGAUUGUGCCAGAUCCAACCAUGAAACCAACAGUAAAACCAACAAUAAUAGUCGAGAGUCGGGCUCCCUCGAGGGAUGUUGUAUUCUUGCUGGAUGGGUCUGAUGGCACGAGGGCUGGAUUCCCAGCAAUGCGGGACUUUGUUCAAAGAGUGGUGGAGACACUCGCUGUGGAUGAGAACAAGGAUCGUGUUGCGUUAGUCCAGUACAGUAGAGAUCCAGCUGCCCAAUUCUACCUGAACACAUUCAAUACAAAGGAUGACAUUGUCAAUACAGUAAGAGGUCUGAGGCACAAAGGAGGAAGACCCCUUAACACUGGGGCAGCUCUUCAGUAUGUCAGAGACAACAUCUUUACUGCCUCUUCUGGAAGCAGAAGCCUACAGGGCAUCCCUCAGAUGUUGAUACUGCUGAGUGGAGGGAGGUCCAACGAUAACGUUGAUGUAUCAGCAUCUGCCCUGAAAGAGAGUGGGGUCUUGAUCUUUGGCAUUGGGACCCAAAAUUCCAGCAGAGAGGUUGAAAGGAUUGUCACUGAUCCUAGUUAUUCCCAGUCUGUUUCCGAAUUCACUGACAUCGCAAGAGUCCAGGAGCAGUAUUUAUCCUCACUCAAAACUCAACUACUCAAAGCCAUACCCAUAACCCCAACAGUGGACAAAAGUAUUGCCAGAAAGGAUGUGGUUUUCCUUCUGGAUGGUUCCGAUGGCACUAGGAGUGGUUUCCCAGCAAUGCGUGACUUUGUUCAAAGAGUAGUUGAGAAACUCACUGUGGAAGAGAACAGAGAUAGAGUUUCUGUGGUCCAAUACAGCAGAGAACCAGAGGCCAACUUCUAUUUGAACACUUACACAACAAAGGAAAACGUUGUUGACGCCGUAACAGGCCUGAGGCACAAGGGAGGAAGACCCCUUAACACCGGGGCAGCCCUCCAGUAUGUCAGAGACAACGUCUUUACUGCCUCCUCUGGAAGUAGGCGCCUUGAUGGUGUUCCACAGCUACUGAUUCUGUUGAGUGGUGGAAGGUCCUUUGACAAUGUUGAAACUCCAGCCGCUGCUCUGAAGGAGCUUGGUGUCAAGGUGUUUGCAAUUGGAACAAGGAGCUCUGAUAGCAGAGAAAUGCAGAGGAUAUCACAAGAUCCCAGUCACGCAAUGUCUGUCUCAGAUUUCACAGACCUUCCGAGCAUCCAGCAGCAACUGCUAUCCUCUGUGGAAACAGUGGUUGUUGGAGUUACUACAGAAACCCCAACAGUUUUAGUUGAUCUUGAAACCGCCAGAAAGGAUGUGGUAUUCCUUCUGGAUGGUUCUGAUGGCACUAGGAGUGGUUUCCCAGCAAUGCGUGACUUUGUUCAAAGAGUAGUUGAGAAACUCACUGUGGAAGAGAACAGAGAUAGAGUUUCUGUGGUCCAGUACAGCAGAGAACCAGAGGCCAACUUCUAUUUGAACACUUACACAACAAAGGAAAACAUUGUUGACGCCGUAACAGGCCUGAGGCACAAGGGAGGAAGACCCCUUAACACCGGGGCAGCCCUCCAGUAUGUCAGAGACAACGUCUUCACUGCCUCCUCUGGAAGUAGGCACCUUGAUGGUGUUCCACAGCUACUGAUUCUGUUGAGUGGUGGAAGGUCCUUUGACAAUGUUGACACUCCAGCCGCUACUCUGAAGGAGCUUGGUGUCAAGGUGUUUGCAGUUGGAACAAGGAGCUCUGAUAUCAGAGAAUUACAAAAGAUAUCCUAUGACCCCAGUUUUGCUCUUUCUGUGUCCGAAUUUACUGACCUCACAAACGUCCAUCAGCAACUAAUUUCUGUCUUGGGUACUGUGAUUGUGCCAACCAUGAAACCAACAGUAAAACCAACAAUAAUAGUCGAGAGUCAGGCUCCCUCGAGGGAUGUUGUAUUCUUGCUGGAUGGGUCUGAUGACACGAGGGCUGGAUUCCCAGCAAUGCGGGACUUUGUUCAAAGAGUGGUGGAGACACUCGCUGUGGAUGAGAACAAGGAUCGUGUUGCGUUAGUCCAGUACAGUAGAGAUCCAGCUGCCCAAUUCUACCUGAACACAUUCAAUACAAAGGAUGACAUUGUCAAUACAGUAAGAGGUCUGAGGCACAAAGGAGGAAGACCCCUUAACACUGGGGCAGCUCUUCAGUAUGUCAGAGACAACAUCUUUACUGCCUCUUCUGGAAGCAGAAGCCUACAGGGCGUCCCUCAGAUGUUGAUACUGCUGAGUGGAGGGAGGUCCAACGAUAACGUUGAUGUAUCAGCAUCUGCCCUGAAAGAGAGUGGGGUCUUGAUCUUUGGCAUUGGGACCCGAAAUUCCAGCAGAGAGGUUGAAAGGAUUGUCACUGAUCCUAGUUAUUCCCAGUCUGUUUCCGAAUUCACUGACAUCCCAAGAGUCCAGGAGCAGUAUUUAUCUUCACUCAAAACUCAACUACUCAAAGCCAUACCCAUAACCCCAACAGCUGAGUCCCAGGGUCCCAAGAAAGAUGUGGUCUUCCUUAUUGAUGGCUCAGAUGGUGUAGGACGAGAGUUUCCGAUCAUCCAGGAGUUUAUUCGCAACAUUGUGGGCCAGCUUAAUGUGGGCGAGAACAAGAUCAGGAUUGGUGUUGUGCAGUAUGGCAGUUCCCCCCAUGCAGAUAUCAACCUGAACUCCCACACAACAAAGGACGACGUUAUGGUAGCUGUCAAUAAUUUGAGGCAAAGAGGCGGCAGAGAUCGUAACCUGGGUCAGGCAUUGGAGUUUGUCCGUAGAGAUGUGCUGAAUGCUCAACAUGGUGGCAGAAAGGAAGAGGGUGUCCCACAGUUCCUGAUUGUCAUCUCCGGCGGGAGGUCCACAGAUGAUAUCAGUCGACCUGCAACAUCACUAAAGCGGUCAGGUGUUUUGCCCUUCAGCAUUGGGACCAGAGAUGUUAACGUGAAGGAUCUUCAGGUUGUCUCCUAUACUCCCAACUUUGCCUACACUGUGGAUGACUUCCCUGGCCUUUACAGAGUAAAGGACACACUGAUCUCCUCGCUCACAGAGUUGUCUGAUGAGGAUAUUGCCCGGAUGCGCCCUGAAUUCCCAACUGAGGAAGAAAUACCAUUCACUGAUGGGGAAAAGAGGGAUGUGGUUUUCCUCAUUGAUGGAACAACAGCUAUACGCAAUGAGUUCCCUGCCAUCCGUGACAUGAUUGGGAGGGUCGUGGAAAAGCUGGACGUGGGUCUGGAUCGGGUCAGGGUCUCAGUGGUGCAGUACAGCGAUGAUGCCUCGGUGGAGUUUCUCCUGAAUGAGCACUCUACCAAAGAUGAGGUCCGCCAGGCCGUGGGAAGGCUCCGGAGCAAGGGUGGGAAUCGUCUGAAUACUGGCCGUGCCCUUGAGUGGGUCUCCAAGAACAUCUACCAGAGAUCAGCGGGUAGCCGCAUUGAGGAGCGUGUGCCUCAGUUCCUCAUUGUAGUCACUGGGGGCAGGUCCAACGAUGACGUCUCAGGACCAGCUAACCAGCUGAAGAACAACUUGGUGGCCCCACUAGCCAUUGGGGCCAGGAAUGCCGACCCCAAUGAACUGAGACAGAUCUCCCUGAAACCUGAGUUCACCUACACCAUGAAAAACUUUGGGCAACUUCCAACAGUGGAGCAGCGGCUUAUUGAUUCAGUCAAAACCACAAACAUUGUCACUGUUGUUGAUCCAGUUGGUCCUUUUGAAGAAAUACCAUUCACUGAUGGGGAAAAGAGGGAUGUGGUUUUCCUCAUUGAUGGAACAACAGCUAUACGCAAUGAGUUCCCUGCCAUCCGUGACAUGAUUGGGAGGGUCGUGGAAAAGCUGGACGUGGGUCUGGAUCGGGUCAGGGUCUCAGUGGUGCAGUACAGCGAUGAUGCCUCGGUGGAGUUUCUCCUGAAUGAGCACUCUACCAAAGAUGAGGUCCGCCAGGCCGUGGGAAGGCUCCGGAGCAAGGGUGGGAAUCGUCUGAAUACUGGCCGUGCCCUUGAGUGGGUCUCCAAGAACAUCUACCAGAGAUCAGCGGGUAGCCGCAUUGAGGAGCGUGUGCCUCAGUUCCUCAUUGUAGUCACUGGGGGCAGGUCCAACGAUGACGUCUCAGGACCAGCUAACCAGCUGAAGAACAACUUGGUGGCCCCACUAGCCAUUGGGGCCAGGAAUGCCGACCCCAAUGAACUGAGACAGAUCUCCCUGAAACCUGAGUUCACCUACACCAUGAAAAACUUUGGGCAACUUCCAACAGUGGAGCAGCGGCUUAUUGAUUCAGUCAAAACCACAAACAUUGUCACUGUUGUUGAUCCAGUUGGUCCUUUUGAUAACCUUAACAUGGGAAGGAAGGACAUCAUCUUUCUCAUCGAUGGCUCAGACACCACAGGCUCCGGAGGCAUUGCCCAUAUCCGUGACUUCAUCCUUAACAUCGUUCAGCAGUUGAAUGUGAAACCUGACCAGGUUCGGGUAGCCGUUGUCCAAUACUCUGAUAAGGUCAAUACUGAGUUCUCUCUUAACACCUACAAUGACAAAACUGCUGUGCUCAAUGCCAUCAAAAGACUACGUCAGCAUGGUGGCAGAUCGUCUGACCUGGCCAAAGCCAUUGAGUAUGUGAUCAGGAAUGAGUUGAAAUCUUCCGCGGGUGUCCGGCUUGCAGAUGCCUCCCAGCAUCUAGUGGUCCUCACUGGUGGUAGGUCCCCCACUGACGUGUCAGUGUACGGUCCUCUGCUCAAAGGAUCCAGGGUCAACUGCAUCAGCAUAGGGGCUGGUGGAGCAGACUCUAGGCAGCUGAACCAGAUUUCCACCAGCUCUGCUGACGUUCUCCAGGUGGCAAAUUUCCCUGCCUUGCCUGCCAUUAAGGAUAGGUUCAUUUCCAGGCUCAAUGGGACAAUACCAGAGGAGCCACCUACAUAUAGCACCACUGACCCAACGCUCUUUAAACCCAAGGUUGCUGACAUCGUUUUCUUGGUGGACGGCUCCAUCAACCUCGGCAAGGAAAACUUCAAAGUGGUAAUGGAAUUCAUCCUAAACCUCAUCGACCUCUUCUAUACCGAACAUGACGACCUGCAAUUUGGCCUGGCGCACUAUACCACAGACGUCACCGACGUCUUCUACCUCAACACUUACAAGAACAAGGACGACAUCACAAGCGCCAUCAACCACACAGAAUACAAGGGGGGCCGCAAGAUCAACACGGGCGCCGCUAUCCGCCAUGUGCAGGAGAACCAAUUUGUCAAAGAGAAAGGCAGCAGGAAGGACAAAAACGUCCCACAGAUCCUGAUGGUCGUCACUGGCGGAAAGUCAGCCGAUGAUGGCAAGACUGCGGCUCUGGGGCUAAAGGCAAAAGGGGUGCGCAUCUACGCCGUUGGUGUGGGUGACAUGGAAAAUGAAUUGAACAACCUGGCAAGCGAGCCCAACACGGUGGCUAGGGCGAGCACUUUCUUGGAGCUGUCUAAAUUAGACGAGCAGAUCCUGGACACAUUGGACGACGAGGUGAAGGGAAUUAAACUGUGCACUGGCGUGAGCCCGGAGCCAACAGAAGCCUGCAGCCUCGAAGUGUUGGUGGGCUUUGACGUGUCCUCGCAGAACAUCUUCCAGGCCCAGAGGGUCCUGGAGUCAAAGAUGCGUGCCAUCCUCCAGAGGAUCACCAAGAUGAGAGACAUCAGUUGCUCAUCAGGCCAGGUCCCCUCAGUCCAGGUGGGCAUUCUGGCUCUAGAUGCCGCUUCAGAGCCCAUCAACCUGGAUUUUACAGACAACGCUGACGCUCUGUUCGAGGCUUUCCGGGCGCUGCGCACACGCGGCCCAUACCUCCUCAACGCCAAGACAAUCUCGGCGUACGAUUCCAGGUUCAAAAGCCGAGCUGCUAACACUGUCAAGGUUGUGAUCCAUCUGACUGACGGUUUGGAUGGCCAGUAUAGUGAAAUGAAGAGACGGGUUGAAGAGCUUAAGAAUUCAGGCGUGAACAGCUUCAUCUUGGUGGGUCUGGAGUGGGUACCCAAGUUUGAGGAGGCCAUGCUUUUGGAGUUUGGUCGUGGCUUCAGGUAUACCAGACCCCUCCGAGUUAAUGUAAUGGACUUAGACUACGAGCUUCUGGAGGAACUGGACAAUAUUGCUGAGAGAGAAUGCUGUGCAGUGCCAUGCAAAUGCACCGGUACAAGAGGGGACAGAGGAGCAGUCGGUGUUGGAGGCCCCAAGGGCAGUCCAGGUGGAGCAGGCGGAGCAGGACAUCCUGGAGAUGAAGGCGGACCUGGAGAAAGAGGUCCUCCUGGUGUCAAUGGAACUCAAGGUUUCCAGGGCUGUCCUGGACAGAGGGGAACCAAGGGUGGUCGCGGAUACUCUGGCGAAAAGGGUGAAUCUGGAGAAAUUGGUCUGGAUGGCAUUAAUGGAGAAGAGGGCAAGCGUGGAGUUGCUGGACCCCCAGGAGACAGAGGGAACCCUGGGAGAAGGGGACCUAAAGGAGCUAAAGGACAGGCAGGAGACACCGGGCAUACUGGAAUCAGGGGAGAUCCUGGAACCCCCGGAAUAGAUAACUCUGUGCCUGGAGCUAAGGGAGACCCAGGCGACGUCGGUCCAAUGGGAGAAUCAGGGGAGGAGGGCAAGAAGGGAGGCCCUGGUGAACCAGGCCGGACGGGUCCUGAUGGUAGAAGAGGCCCAGCGGGACCAGCUGGGACCCCUGGGCCAGCGGGCAGUGUCGGUUUGCCAGGAGAGCCUGGUAUCGGUGGAUCCAGAGGCCUAUCUGGACCAAAUGGUACACCUGGAACUGGAGGUGAGGACGGGAAUCCAGGACCAAGGGGCAUAGGAGGAGUCCAGGGACCACCUGGAGACAAGGGCAGAAGAGGAGCUCUUGGUCGAAAGGGAGAGCCAGGAGAUCCUGGGCCCAAAGGCAUUGUGGGACCUCUGGGACCGCGUGGUGAACCUGGCGAAGAUGGUCGAGAUGGAUUUGGAAUCACAGGGCCCAAAGGAAGAAAGGGCGAUGAGGGUUUCCCAGGAUUCCCAGGACCUAAGGGAGCAGCAGGUGAUAGUGGACCCAAUGGUGGACCAGGACCCAAAGGAAACUCUGGCCAGAGGGGUGUUUCAGGGGACAUCGGUACUCCAGGUCAGAAGGGAGAAAUUGGAUACCCCGGGCCUUAUGGAGAGAAAGGGCCGAGAGGACCUGGCGUUGUGCAAUGUGAUCUGGUGAAGAAAAUCAGGGACAACUGUCCCUGCUGCUAUGGUAAGCAGGAGUGCCCUCUCUAUCCCACCGAGCUGGCUUUUGCUCUGGAUGCCUCAGAUGGUGUGGGUAGGCCUGCCUUCAACAACAUGCGCGAUGCCGUGCUCCGCCUAAUUGGCAAUAUCACCAUUGCGGAGAGCAACUGCCCACGGGGUGCCCGAGUGGCCCUCAGCCUCUACAACAAUGAGGUGACCACUGAGAUCCGCUUUGCUGAUGCCCUGAAGCGUCGUGCCCUAGUGCAGCGUGUAGAAGGCCUGCAGGCAUUGCAGACACGCAAACAGCGAAGCCUGGAGACGGCAAUGAACUUCCUGGCACACAAUACCUUCAAGAGGGUGCGCAGCGGCUUCCUGAUGAGGAAGGUUGCCAUCUUCUUUGUCAAUGGGCCAGUGAAGGAUCAGCGAGCAGUCAGCGCUGCAGCCCUCCGCCUCUAUGACGCAGGAAUUGCCUCAGUGUUCCUGGUCAACAGAGAGGAUAGCCAGCUCACCAGAGCUCUGAAGAUGAACGCCACUGGAUCAGCACUGGGUCAAGUGAUCGUGCUGCCCAGCCCCGGAAGUACACAGUACAAUUCGGCCAUCCGAAAGAUCAUGAACUGCCACAUCUGCCUGGACUCCUGUGCCCCGGACCAAAUAUGUGACUACGUGCCCCCUCAGCCAUCAAGAGACAGGAGGUCCUCCACUACAGACGUGGACAUUGACAUGGCCUUCCUUAUGGACAGCUCAGAGACCACUUACCCCAGUGUCUUCACUGAGACAAAACGCUACAUUGCACACAUCGUGGGGCAACUACAGAUCUCUUCAGACCCGGCAGCGUCUAUACACCAUGCCCGUGUAGCUAUGAUCCAACAGGCACCAUACGAGUUCUUGCGCAACAGCAGUGGCUCGCCCAUUCGCGUGGACAUAGGCUUGACAGACCAUGGCUCGGCCCAGGACAUCCGCAACUUCCUGCUGGAGAAGACAACCCAACUGGAGGGCGGACGGGCACUGGCAGCAGCUAUUGAGCACACGCUGGAACAGGUGUUCGAGAAGGCACCACACCCGCGCGACCUCAAGAUGCUGACAUUGUUCGUGACUGGCCCAAUAGAGCAGGACGAGGAACGGCUGGUGGCCGUGGCCACAGAGGCCAAGUGCAAGGGCUAUUUCUUGGUGAUCCUGGGUGUGGGCGAUAAGCUUGGUGCCGGGGAUGCCCGCGUGCUGACGCGCAUGGCCAGCGAGCCGUCCGACGUCUUCUUCAAGAGGCUGAGCAGUACAUCGCAGUUCUAUGACAAGCACAUUCAGAACUUUGGCACACUGUUACCCAAGUAUCUAAGCAUUGAGAACGCUUUCUACAUGUCCCCUGAGGUCUCCAAAAACUGUCACUGGUACCAGAGUGACCAGCCAUUCCCCAAGUUCCCCUUCCCCAAGUCUCACCACAGUCAAGAGAAACAUCAAAAACAUCAUGAAAACCACCAGGCAGUCCAUCCAAGAAAGCACAAUGACCAAGACUUUGAUGAGUUGCACGUGGCCAACAUCACUUCCAGCAGCCUGAUUCUACGCUGGGCUAGCCCAGACCCUAAACUCAUGGCCUAUUUUGAGGUGGUGGUGACUCGCCUGCGUGACCAUGCACUAGUGCUAAAGUGGAAUUUAACAGGCACGGAACUAACUGUAGGCAAUUUGGAGAGCGCCCAGACCUACCAUGCCGUGGUGACUACACACACCGCUCAGGGCAAAAUUGCAGCCACCCACAAAGGCAUUAUCACCACCAAAGCAGCAGCUGAGCAUACUGUCAACACCCCAAUGGAGGUGACUGAUAUCAAAGCCACAACACCGCUGGACAAACCAGAGAUUGCUAACGAGCUAGCAGACCCAUGCUCUGUAGACUAUGACCCUGGACAACCGUGCAAAGACUAUCAGGCUAAGUGGUUCUUUGACAGAAAGAUUGGGAUCUGUACCCAGUUCUGGUACGGUGGUUGUGAAGGCAAUGGAAAUAGGUUCGAGACUGAAGCCCAGUGCUUGAAACACUGCGUGAGGUCAGAGCCCCAGCAACAAAGUGAGCAGCAGCCUGAGUCUGAGAUCUCCUCAGCUCCCGCGGCCUUAACAGGAGUGGACAUCUGUCAGCUCCCUGAAGAUGAAGGUGCCUGCGCUAAGUUUGUUCUAAAGUGGCACUACAAUGCCCUUAAAAAGAGCUGCACACGCUUCUGGUAUGGAGGAUGUGGCGGCAACCAGAAUCGCUUCGAAACUCACGAGGAGUGUGAAAAGGCCUGUGGAAAAACAGGGCAGCUCUGCCUCGAGGGCAGAAGGAAUUGGAUUGGUUGGAUGAAAGCAGUGCAAACCAUGGGCAGCGCUCACAGCGACGAGUGAGAAUGAAAGGAAAGAGAAGAAAAGGCUCACUAGGUGCACCUAUCAACCAAGGAGUCAUUGCUGCAAUAAGAACAUAGGAGGACAAUGAUCUGUAUCAUUGUAUAACUCUACUGAAGAGAUUGCAAGGAAAAUAAACGAAUAUGGCCAAAAAGAAGCUAUACCAAAAGAAAGGUGGCUGCACUGGAUUCCAAAAACAGGUUUUGAUCAAAAACAAUCUUGAACUAGUCAAUUUCACAAAAAAGUAAGAAAGCAACACAAUUUGCUGCAUGAUUUUAUCUACUGGUGCUAAAUAGUUUUUUUUUGGGGGGGUGGGAAUUUGCUGAGUACAUCUAGUGUUUAAUGCAAAAUAUCUGGAAUGGUUACACCAUGUUGUUUUUUUAAUACAAUUCUUCUCAUGAAAAAAAGGUUUUAUAAUGAAUGAAUAAACAUAUUUGAAUAUCUUGGGACAGAGAUUAUCCAUAAAUCUAUUCACACACACACUUUAAAUUAAUCACCAUAGGUUUAUAUGACUUCACUAUAUUCCCAAAUACAGACUUUCUCUCACCAUGCCAAUGACUCUCCUAGUUGCUGAAUCCACGCUGAUGUCCUCUCCGGCAGUGUGUAUAUAAUGACCAAUUAAAUUCUCAGUGUUGAAAUGAACUAAUCAUGUAACGUAAAUGCACUUCUGGAACCACUGCCUCAAAUACACAAGUUCCAGUUUUUGAAUAUGGAAUGUACUUGUCAAGCUGUUAGUGUUUUUGUUUUGUUUUACUUAAUUUUGUGUUACUUCUGGGAACGGGGGAAAUAAAAAUGAUUUCAACUUUCUAAUAAACUCCA